UUUCCGAGAACGCGGAGGCUGUGGCGUCAUCACCCAGCGCCUGGCCGACUGGGCCACCUGAAAGGCCGCGGGAGUGAGAGGCGAUGCUGAGCCGGCUCCAAGAGCUGCGCAAGGAGGAGGAGACGCUUCUCCGGUUGAAGGCAGCACUACACGAUCAGCUGAACCGGCUCAAGGUUGAAGAAUUGGCCCUCCAAUCAAUGAUUAGUUCUAGAAGAGGGGAUGAAAUGCUGUCUUCUCAACCUGUACCUGAACAGUCACAUGAUCAGAUGUUGGUGCAUGUAGACAAUGAAGCAUCAAUCAACCAAACUGCACUGGAGUUGAGCACAAGGAGCCGUGUGCCAGAAGAGGAGGAAGAAGAGGAGGAAGAAGAAUCAGAUUCCUGAAGGGGAAGAAAGAGACAGGGUUAGUUAUACAAAUUAAAUUUUAAAGUCUCAGGAACUUUCACUCUUCAAAGAAAUCUUGCCAUGGGCCCUAAGGCCUGCUUUAAAAGAAAGCAAGAACUUUAGGAAGAUGUGUACUUGUAAAAAUGGUUCCAUAAAUAAUUCAAGUUUCAGAAUGCUUUCAAAAAUUAGUGACAUAGUAGAAAAGCAAAGAUGCAGUGUCUUAGCAUUGAGCAGUAUGGGUGGUACUCUGUCUGUAUUCUGGUCAGAUACAGUAAUUGUGUUCAAAACAGAAAAUGCCCUCUGAAAUGCUAUUGAGAAAGCCUGACAUUUGCAAAAAGGGCAGUGUAAAUGCAAGCCAGCCUUUUCAGUCAACAAAGCCUCUUUUAAGAAAACCAAUUAAAGGCUAUUUGCAUACCACUGAACCCUUGUACGCAGAGCCACUUGAGAGCUUAAGCUGUUGCCACCUCUCAGUGACAUGGCAACACACUGCCCACUGUAGACUGUGUGGUUGUCAUCACAUUUAGGUUGAGACAUCUCUAUAGUAAAAUGUACUUAGAAAUCAAUUAUAGAUGAAUAACUAUCAUCAGCUUGCUGGUUUCCAGUAGCAGCAGGGAAACAAAUCAGUUCCUACUCUGGGGAAAACAAUACAACAGGAUGGUUUAAAACCUGCUUUUGGACUUAGGGAAAUGUGCCAUUAAAGAAGGAAUCACUAUGUUUGGAAGAUUACAUUUUUGUAAUAAAGAGAUGACAGUUGUGGAAUAAGUGUUGUUAAAACUUGGCAUUUGAAGGUGAGAUUCUUGUCUGCAUACUGUCCCUUUCCCACUGAAUAUAGUUAAAUAGUUGUUUAUUUGCCUUGUCCAAGCAACAAAAAAGCCAAACAAACCACAAAGAACCUCUUCAAGCAGAACUUCUUAUGUAACUAUUCCAGAAGAGAACAUGAAUAUAUUUGUUCAUCAACGUUUUAUUAAAGUUACUUUGAGCUACUCUUACAUGAAAUAA